UAAGUGAUUAAUGUAUUUUUUUGAAGUUUUGCGCAAAACUUGAUUCGCAGGGUAUCACCCCCGUAUAUAAACCCCAGCCGACUUUUCAAUGCAAAUUACAUUGGAACAAACUGGCAAAAUGUUCAAACUAGUGGGAAUUGUCCUCGUUCUAAGUGUUCUCGUUCAUGAGAAUUUGGGAGCUUUAAUUAGCCGUGCCGCUUGGGGGGCCCGUGCACCCAAUUUCGUAUCAAGGUUCAACGGGAUCAUCCCAUAUGUUGUGAUUCAUCACUCAUACGAGCCAGCAGCAUGUUAUACCACCGAUGCUUGUAAGGCAGCCAUGAGGUCCAUGCAAAACAUGCACAUGGACACCAAUGGAUGGCCCGAUAUUGGAUACAGUUUUGCGGUUGGUGGUGAUGGUAACAUCUACGAAGGCCGUGGAUAUAACAUUGAAGGUGCUCAUGCUCCAGGAUACAAUUCCCAAAGUGUUGGACUUUUGUUGAUUGGUGAUUUCAGGACCGCCCUGCCAUCGGCUACCAUGCUCAAUGCUGCCAAGAACUUCAUUGCUCAAGGAGUAAACGAAGGAAAGAUUUCAGGAACCUACAAAUUGAUUGGACACAGGCAAGCCAAAGCUACUGAAUGCCCUGGCGACAGGUUGUACAAUGAAAUCAAGACCUGGCCUCGCUGGACCGCAAAUCCUUAAAUGAAAUACUCUUCCAAGGUUGUUAGAUCGCGGCAAUGUUUUGAAUAAAUGAAUAAGUAGUCAGCA